CGAAGGCCCCUUUUUCUAGAUUGUGUGUAAGUGUAUGCUUUAAAUCCUUUCAAUCAAAACCCCGCUUUCGAGAGGCAACAGAUAGCAAUAGCAUACCUUCGUUCAUCUUCACUUCACGCUCUCUUGGAGGUAGCUAGUCACUCUUCCACUUUCGUUUCAAAGGAAGAAGAAUCCCAAUUCUCUCUCGUUGGGAAUGAACCUUCUCUCUCUAACCUUGCCACUUCCCCUUUUUUGUUCAUCUCUUUCUUUAACGAGACUUCCCUCAUUUCCCUCUUCAUACAAGUGCACAUCCGGCGCAGUUUUAAGGAGAUGUGUCAAAGAGGAAAAGGAAGAGGAGCAGCUUCUAGAAGGGAUGCCAAAGGAGUACUAUGACGAUGAAUGGCAAGCCCAACAACGUGAGAAGACCAAGGAGUUGCAUCGGCUACGGAUACAGGAGGAAGAGGAAGAGGAAAGAAAGAUUGGAGAGUAUCGUGAAAUUGGCAUGCGGUUGAAGGAAUACCCAGAAGAUGACGUCAUAAAAGCAAGGAAAUUGGUUUCGAGCUUUCUCAGAGCUGCUGAAGAAGUAGAAGAGAGAAUUGAGGAAGCUGCCGAGAAAGGAGAACUGACUGAACUUGUUUUAAUGGUCAUAUGGAAUCGCCUUGAUCUUGCUCGGCGUGAUGAAGAAAAGGAUGCCAUUAGAAGUCUGGAUCUGUUAUACAGAAGGGUUGAGACUGAGAUUUUGAAACGAGAGGCUACCCCUGCGAUGAGAUUGCUCAAUGAUCUUUUGAUUAUGUACGACGGCUAUAAUUUUGAAGAGUGGCUAAAGAAAUGUAAAAAGGUCAUGAUUGAUACGUUUCCUCGGGAGGAUCCAUUCAGUAUCCUUGUUCCACCAGGAUUUGAGUCAUUCGACAUAGAUAAGCAUCACGGGCCAUUGCGACCAUCACUUGAAGUCGAUGAUACUCUUUUGAGGGUGGACUUUGUAAGAGAGGUGGAUGAAUUGCUGCAAGAGGUUCAUUCUGAAGAGAGUGAAGUACAGAAUGAACCAGGGUUUGAUCCUGAAUCUGUUGCAAAUAGAUUGAAACAACAGGAGAAGCAACAAACAAUACGCCAAGUAGAAGCUCUGCUGGAUUUAGCCAUUGGUUUGAAAUGGUAACUAUUUUGUCCUAGCUUGCACUUUGAUUCAUAUUGAUUGAGUCAUCUGACAGUACAUGGUUGCGAAUAGGAAUUGGCAAGCACUACAAUUGCAAUCCAAAUUAGCUUCAUUUUAUGGUAUCCUUUUACCUUCUGAAGUACGUAAAAUUAUAGUACCAACCAAAACAAGAAAAACCAGAACAUACAAUGUAGGCAUGGCAAUUUUUGGUGAUCUUAUUGUGAAGGUACAGGACUACAGGCGUGUUAGAAAUUAAGCUUUUGUGUUUCCAUAUCACAACCUUAAUGUACAUUUGCUGAUCCCGUACUUCAUAAAUCAAAGACUUCGAAGUUAAAAUUUCAAAUA